AAGUAGCAAGCAUAAUGUCAGGCUGGGCCCACUUUGUGGUUAUGUCUUGCUGUUUUUAAAGUUUCCUGAAAAACACAUUUAGAUUUGAUGUCUUUUAAAUUGCCAAUCACGCCUGUUAUGCUUUGGAGUAUGCUAUAGACAUAGAUCUAAUUUUACAUUUUCAGUAGGUCUCGAUUCGAAAUGACAGACUUUGAUAAGCUACCAAGCUACAAAGCACUAGAAAUCCUUGCUGAAAAGUUGAAGUCAGCUCAUAUCAAAAACUUUUUCGCAAAUGACCCAAACCGGUUUUCGAAGUACAGUCAAUCAAUUGAAGUCGAUGGUCUGAAGCUUCUUGUUGAUUACUCCAAAAACAAAGUUGAUGAAGAUGUUUUUGGUGAACUCUUAAAACUUGCUAAAGAUGCCAAUGUUGAAGAUAUGCGUGACCGAAUGUUUAAAGGAGAUGAAAUCAAUUUUACUGAACAGCGAGCUGUUCUACACAUAGCAUUAAGGAAUAGAAGUAACACUCCCAUUCUUGUUGAUGGCCAAGAUGUUGUGCCAAAUGUGAAUAGAGUUUUAGAAAAGAUGAAAGGCUUUGCAGACAAUCUUAGAAAUGGGAUCUGGAAAGGGGUGACUGGUAAAGCAAUCACUGAUGUUGUUAAUAUUGGUAUUGGAGGAUCUGAUCUUGGACCAGUGAUGGUGACAGAAGCUCUAAAAGCAUACAGGGGCAAUGGACCAAACGUUCAUUUUGUGAGCAAUAUUGAUGGGACCCAUGUUGCUACAGUCUUAGAGAAAGUUAACUUUGAGACCACUCUCUUUAUUAUUGCAAGUAAGACCUUUGGAACCCUUGAAACCUUAACAAAUGCUCGCACAGCUCGUGAAUGGUUCAUCAAACAUUCUGGGGAUGCAAGUGGAGUUGCAAAACAUUUCAUUGCACUCUCUACAAAUGCAAAACGUGUGAGCGAAUUUGGCAUUGACACUGCUAAUAUGUUUGAGUUUUGGGAUUGGGUUGGAGGACGUUACUCUUUAUGGUCAGCUAUUGGAAUGAGCAUCAUGUGUCAUAUUGGAAGUGAAAACUUCAUCAAAUUUCUUGAGGGAGCACAUGCAAUGGACAACCACUUCACCUCUACACCUAUGGAGAGAAACAUCCCCAUCAUACUUGCUGUGUUAGGAGUGUGGUAUAACAAUUUCCUAGGUGCCCAAUCGCAUGCACUAUUACCUUACGACCAAUACAUGCACAGAUUUGCAGCCUACUUUCAACAGGGAGACAUGGAAUCCAAUGGUAAGGGUGUUUCUCGUGAGGGCACCCGAGUGAAGUACAGUACUGGGCCCAUUGUUUGGGGAGAGCCUGGCACUAAUGGUCAACAUGCAUUCUAUCAACUUAUCCAUCAAGGAACCAAGCUUAUACCCUGUGAUUUCAUCAUGCCUGUGCAGUCCAUGAACCCUAUCGGAGACCACCAUGAGAUUCUCUCAUCUAACUUCCUUGCUCAGACAGCAGCCCUGAUGACUGGAAGAGGCAACGAAGAAGCCAGGAAGGAGCUGAGUUCCAUGUCUGCUGAAGAUCAGGAUAGGCUGAGUGUCCACAAGGAGUUUACAGGAGACAGACCCACCAACAGUAUCCUGUUUACCAAACUUACCCCUGCCAUGCUUGGAGCUCUCAUCGCCAUGUACGAGCAUAAGAUCUUUGUCCAGGGAGUCAUGUGGAACAUCAACAGUUAUGAUCAAAUGGGAGUUGAACUAGGCAAGAUUCUAGCUUUGAAGAUCCAACCGUUGUUAAAAGAUGAUAAAAAGGUCCAUUCCGAAGAUUCUUCUACUAAUGGACUUAUAAACUUCAUUAAAGAAAACAGGAAAUAGUUCACUGGUUAUAACAUUUAUAUGUCGGUGUCACUGAACACUGAUCCUUGCAUGUUUUUGUUGUAGAUUUUUAGAAUGUUUAAAGAGUAUUUCGUAAUUGAUAUGAGCAUGGUUAACCAUCAUUUUGUAGUGCAUUUAUCACUAGUUUUAUAGUCAUAACGUAGUUUAAGGUAUUUAAUGACGUCAUGUCAUGACGAUAUUAUCAUUUACAAAUCGUUUCAUAACUUUUAAAUAGAAUUUUGACUAAUAGAAUUUUAAUGUGACUAUAAUAUUAUUAUAAUAUAAUUACGAUGUAUUUUAA